GAAUGGCUAGGCCUUGGGAUAGCUUUGAAAUGUGAAAGCUUCUGGAGGAAUAGCAAAGCUUGUAUGCAAGUGAUGAAUGCAUCGAAAUGCAUGCAUACAUGCAAGAACACAUACACAUACACAUACACACACACACAUACACACACAUACACACACACACACACACACACACCGACACCCUCUUUCUUCUUUUCUGGCCAAACUAACCCUAUUGCUUUCCUUAAAGCAUUCAGUUAUAGCCAAAGCUUGUCCUCCCAUCCAUCCAUCCAUCCAUCCAAUCUCUUUCCCUGGGAUAUGAACGAUAGACUUAGU